CUUAAUUGUUGUUUCAUAUUGGGGAGGGGUGUUUGUGAGUCAAGAAAUCGAACCCAUCUGCCUAUUGACUAACCGAAUCGCCUCACUUCAUUGUAUUACUCCUGCUGAGCUAUCCGAACCCUAGAUCUCUCUGCUUUUGCCAUGGGUCUCGACAAAUCUGCUCUGGAACAGAACAAGCCACUCCGGUGGGGUGAGCUGGACGAGGAAGACGGCGAGGAUUUAGACUUCCUUUUGCCGCCGAAACAAGUAAUCGGUCCCGAUGAGAAUGGAAUCAAAAAGGUAAUUGAGUAUAGGUUUAACGAUGAUGGUAAUAAGGUUAAGCUCACUACUACAACCCGUGUUCGGAAGCUCGCUAAGGCUCGGUUGAGUAAGAGUGCUGUCGAGCGCAGAAAUUGGGCUAAAUUUGGCGACGCUGUUCAUGAGGAUGUUGGUAGUAGGCUUACCAUGGUUUCUACUGAGGAGAUCUUGCUUGAAAGACCUAGAGCUCCAGGUACCAAAGUGGAAGAAACCAAGCUGGCAGGGGAUAACUUGUCUCAAUUAGGUAAAGCUGGAGCAGUUCUCAUGGUGUGCAGAACUUGUGGUAAGAAAGGUGACCACUGGACAUCAAGAUGCCCCUACAAGGAUCUUGCUUCACCGUCUGAAGCCUUCAUCGAUAAACCACCAACAUCAGAUACUGCUGCUGCUGCUGCUUCUGGACCUACAAAGGGUGCUUAUGUGCCACCAAGCAUGAGAGCAGGUGCAGAAAGACCUGCUGGAUCAGAUAUGAGGCGCAGGAAUGAAGAGAAUUCAGUUCGUGUCACCAAUUUAUCCGAGGACACAAGGGAGCCUGACUUGCUUGAACUGUUCCGUACCUUUGGUCCUGUGAGUCGUGUUUAUGUUGCUAUUGACCAGAAGACCGGUGUCAGCAGGGGUUUUGGCUUUGUGAACUUUGUAAACAAGGAAGAUGCUGAGAGGGCCAUCAACAAGCUUAAUGGAUAUGGUUACGAUAAUUUAAUCCUUCGAGUUGAAUGGGCGACACCCAGAUCUAACUAGAUUUAAAGUUGCCAUCUAAUAGCUGGCGGUGAUAACAGUUUUGGCUUUCUAUUCUCAUCUCGAGGCCUCGUGUCAUUCUUCUUUGUUAAGUUUGAGGUGAUAGGAUCCUUUUUAGCACUCGACAAACGAGACGUACUCGUGUUACUGUAAUUGCAUUUGAUCAUUGGUUUCAGAAAUGGCAUAAUGCUUUAUUACGAUGCAAUUAAGUACCAAAA